AUGCCCAGCGAAAAGGUGUUGUGCCGACGGAUACGCAUCCUCCUGUCUGAAGGAGAGUCGGGGAGGAGGGACAGCAGAGACACAGCCGCAGAGCCCAGCAGAAAAGGACCCAGCGGCACCAAAGAUCUUCAGAAAAGGAGGUGUGAAGCCCAGCCCCACUCCCGACCCUACAUGGCCUUUCUGGAAAUACAAGAUGGAGAUGAAAAUUACACCUCCAGUGGGUUCCUGGUGGCGGAGAAGUUUGUGCUGACGGCCGCUCACUGCCGGGGAGACAAGAUCGCCGUCAUCCUUGGAGCCCACGACGUCACAAAACAGGAACCGAGUCAACAACGCAUCCGUGUGCGCCGGCAGAUCCCCCACCCGCAGUACGACAGAGAGAACUUAAAAAAUGACAUCAUGCUGCUGCAGAGUCAGAGGCUUCUGACGGGACGAUGGAGGUGUGAAGCCCAGCCCCACUCCCGACCCUACAUGGCCUUUCUGGAAAUACAAGAUGGAGAUGAAAAUUACACCUCCAGUGGGUUCCUGGUGGCGGAGAAGUUUGUGCUGACGGCCGCUCACUGCCGGGGAGACAAGAUCGCCGUCAUCCUUGGAGCCCACGACGUCACAAAACAGGAACCGAGUCAACAACGCAUCCGUGUGCGCCGGCAGAUCCCCCACCCGCAGUACGACAGAGAGAACUUAAAAAAUGACAUCAUGCUGCUGCAGCUGGAGAAGCCUGCAAAGCUCAAUGGAUUUGUGAAAACCAUCCCCCUGCCAGAGCCCGGUGAAAGGGUGGAGCCCGGGACUGCGUGCAGUGUCGCUGGCUGGGGUCGCACGAUUGGUGCUUCCAAUGUGCUGCAGGAGGUGGACGUGGAGGUGCUGGAGGAUGACGAGUGUUUGAAGUAUGAUUACUAUGACCCGGCGACCAUGCUGAGUGCGAGGCACCCACAGAAGUGCAGAGACACUGCAAGGGUAAAUCUCCUCUUGGCUUGA